AUGGCGGCCACUGAGAUAUCAGGAAUCAAUUCGCUACUUGCGGAUAUAAGUGACCAGCUCUCAGAAAAAGAGGUGACGUCGAUAAAGGAUCUUCUUAUUGGAAAACAACUCCUAAAAAAAGAUGAAACACAGUACAUAUCUGGAAUGAACAUUUUUCGCGUACUGCAUGACAGGGGGGAUAUUUCAGUAACCAAUUUAGGGUUGCUUAAGAAGUUAAUUGUUGAAAUACAUCGGAGACCUCUACUGGACCUCGUCGAGACAUUCGAGAAACGACAAGUGCCAGUUAGCAAAGACAAACAUAGAAAGAAGCUGACAAGUCCACGUAAGGUCAAAGACAAAAAGGUCCAGGAGUUAGAAAAAGAGUUCUUUAAUCUGGAGAAAAAGAUGGGCGAAAAAGAAAGUGAACUGGAUUCCGCUUUUGACAGACAGAGAAAAUACCAGCAAGUCCUAAUGGAGCUGAUCUCAAGAAUGGAAUCAACUCAAUCCAAACUUAGUGCAGCAGGUGAGAUAGAAGAUCCUGACGAGCAACUAAGAGUACUGCAGGAAAUAAUGAAGGAAAUAGCUGAAUUGAAGGAGUUUGCUGGUAUUGUUGCUGACAAUGGAAGUAAGUCAUUGGAGGAGGGCGAUGUUCAAGGACAGCAUGCUAUUGAGGCAACACUUGGGAUAAUCACAGAUACUCUAGAUAAAUUACAUGCACAGUCUACCAGUAAACAUAACGUAUUAGAGGAGCAAAUUCAUGAAAGAGAUGACCAGCGUCGUCGUAUGCAAGAAUAUCAAGGUCAACUACGUGAAGUGGAAGAUUGGGUAACACGGUCUCUUGAAGAUUAUGAUUCAUUAGUAUUGUACGAGGAUGGGGAACAUGAAAUCGCUGAUACUGAAGUAAACAUCAUAACAAAUAGGAAGCUACAGGAAGAGCUAGAAAAGAACAUUCAACUGCUAGACGUGAUUCUCAAUCUAUCUUGUGAACCAAACAGUCCCGAAAAAACUAUCCAAACACAAGCUGAAUUACUCAAAACCCGCGUGGAUGGUCUCAAAGAAGAACUUAGCAGAAAUGAAGAUACACUUAAAUCCAUCAGAACACGUCAGCUGAUUGCUGAAGAGUAUAGUCGACAUAGCCAGAAUUUACGGAGCUGGUUAGAUGAGUGGAAACGUGUUACCCCAACUAUAAGAGCUGCUCCAGAGCCAAGUCCCAGCCUACUGAAGCAACAGGAACUAGAGCGUCAAAAACUCGCAGAAGAGCUUUCUGCACACCAUGCACUAAUACAAUCUGUGGCAAAGCGUGCUGAGGAAAUUGUUGGACUUAAAGACAGUCUGGGUAUUGAUUGCACAGGAGAUUACGCAGUACAAAACUCAAAGUGGGAGGAACUGUCUGAGAAAAUUGCUGAACGAAAACAGCAAUUAGAGGAUAGUUUGAAGCACACCAAAAAUCAGGAAGGUUAUAACAGUGCCCCAUUGCAUCAGUAUAAAGUGAAAAUGCUUGCAGGAUAUGAUUUACCUGAGACUGAGACCACAUCCGAAGACCUAAAAACUGUGCUAAAGGCACUUAGUCAAUGUUGGGAUAAACUGCAAACCCAGGCAAAGGACAAACAAACAAGACUAGACCAAUUAUUUGAAUUUCAAGAACAAUACCAGGAUUCAUUGUUAUCCGUGUCUCAAUGGUUAGACACUGUACAGAACAAACUCUUCUCCACAGACUGGAGUAAAGACACAGAAGAACAGUUAGCAGAACAUGCAGAGCUGUACACUGCUAUUAGAGACUUUCAAGACCAGAUAGGUUUCAUGAACCAAGCGUGCCAAAUGAUUAUAGCUGAAGCCGAUACCAAAGAUAGAGCUCGGAUUAAGCAGGCUUUGCUGGAUCUCACAGAUAGAUUAACAACUUUGGAAACAAAAGCACGAGAGAAAGACAAGGAAUUACAAGAGAGAAAAUUGCAGUACACUGUAUACCGGGACGAGAUCCACCAGUUACAAAAAUGGAUUUGUGACACUAAGCAAAUGUUAGAAUGUGAUAAGGAUCGAGACGACGAGGGAAAAUGUUCUUUGGAAGAGAGUUUACUAAUCGCCCAGGAAAUAGAGAAUGAUAUCCAGAAAUAUGAAGGCAGAUUGAAUGGAAUUUCGGAAAGAAAACAAUGCAUGUCGGAUCAAGAUCAUCGUCAUCAGCUGUCAACGGAAAUUAUAAAUCUUCAGAGCAGCUGGGACGAUUUACUGAAGCAUGUUACUGUGCGGAGAAAUAAAUUGAACAAAACAAAACUAUUGCAAGAACAGUAUCAAAAGAUGAUGGGUAACUAUGGUGACUACCUAGAUACUGUGGAAAGAAAGUUGAAGUACGAACAAAUAAUCGCCUCUGAUCUGCAUGAUUUGCAGGAACAAUAUGUCAAGUAUAGAGAUUUCAUUAGUGACAUGGAGGAACACCGAUUAGUGAUCGAAUCUUUUGCACAAAAGACUGACAAUGCCACGAGACAGAAAUACGCUUCCCUACAGAUCAGUCUGUAUCAGCGCACUCACAAACUCCAAGAUCAAGUCAGUCAACAAGGGCGUCAGUUGGAGCGGCUAGGGCAGGAAUGGCAGCACUUCGAGAAGAGGUACUGUGAGCUGAACGGUUGGUUAGCACACAUGGAAUCUCAACUUCCAGGAGAUACACGAGACAGUAAUAUAGAGGUGAUACAGCAGAAUGUACACCGCCUCCAGGCAAUUGAGACAUUGCUUGCUGACAACGAGACGUCUUCAGAUCAAGUUAUUACCCUAGGAAGGAAUCUUCUGAAGGAUAUUGCAUGUCCAGCAUUAGAAUCGAGGGUACGGGAUUUCAGUGAAAGAUGGAUGGACCUUAAGGGUAAAGUUACAACCAGCUUAAAGGCUUUAAAUCUACUGUUGAGCACAUGGAUGACCUUUGAAUCAGAAUCUGACGAGUUGGUGGACUGGUUACAACGCGCAUUGCAAUGGCUUGACGAGUGGACCAGACGAGAACACGUUUCAGAAAAAGGUUCAAUUGCUCAUCAACUGGAUAAAUUUAUGGAAUUCAGGAAAGAUGUGGAUAGCCACUCUAAUAUUAAAACUGCUGUUGUGAAUAACGGCAAUCAGCUAGUCAUUCUUAAAACAACAGACAUCAAGUGUGUCAAAGAAAAAAUCAGCAUAAUAGAAAGCCAUUGGAAUAAACUGAUGUCUGAUAUUCCAGCUCUGCAAGACGAAUUGCAUCGUCUACAGAUGGAGAUUUUGCCAUCACGACAGGCAUUGACAGAACUAAUGAUGUGGAUGGGCGGACUCCAGAAGGCGAUCGCCAAAUAUGAUAUGGCGGAUUGUAGUGGCUCAAUUGAUGUUGAAAGUGAUCUCCGAAAAUACAAGGAUUAUCAACUCGACUUACAAUCUAGGCAGAUGACAGUGGAGUUUAUUAACAAAGCAAAUCAAGAUAAGAACAGCAAAAACAGUGACACGACAGACUUUGCUGAACAAAUAUGUGCACUUAACAACAUGUGGCAAUCGAUUAAUAAAGAAGUAAAUGACAGAAUAAAAAGCUUAGAGAUUCUACAUACAGACUGGAUAGACUAUGAGAAGAGUAUCGAUGACGUGUUGAAGUGGUAUGAGCAGCAAGAAUGCAGGAUUGUACGACAUGAAGGUACUAUUGGACAUGAAAUUGAAGUGCGAAAUGCGUUGAGAGAUUGUCAGGUUGUUGAAGAGCUGGUGGAAUCCAAGAGCCAUGAACUGGAAAUGAUGGAGAAGUCUGGUCUCAAGAUCUGCUCAAGGGGUCAAAUACAAAGUACAAUCGAUAGAAUUCAACAAGCCAAAAAUACCCUUUUAACGAAACGAUCUAAUUUGCAAAGAAAUCUACUGACUUUGUUAGAUCUGUGGAAACAAUAUAACGAGACGUUACACAUCGUGAGCAAGUGUCUCACUGAAGCCGAGUACAUUGUCAGUAAAUUAAAAACUAUCAGUGGUAGAUUGGAUUCCUUCAAGUCGAGUCUAUAUAAAGUUAAGAGCUUUCAAAUAGAAUUAAAGAACAGUAAUAUUCACUUGGCAACACUAAACAACUUAACCAAACAGUUGAUUCAAGUAUGUGAGCCUUCUGUUGGCAAUGAAUUAGAAACAAGUAUCUCUGACAUCAGUAUCAGGUGGAAGGCAGUUGGUGCCACAAUGCACAUGUACGAACAAGCCUUGGUGCACUGGGAGUCAUAUGAAAAUGAAUAUCUGAAGGUGGCAGAGUGGAUCGAAGGGAAAGAACACAGAGUAGAAGCCAUGAUAUGGAUGUUUUUUGCACAAAAUAGUGAUGCUGACAAAAAUAAACAGUUGGAGUCAGCUAAGGGUUUAAAACUGGAACUGGAUAGCUACCAUAGUGUGUCUGGGUUAACAUUACUAAUCAAUCCACUCACGGGACAUGCGGACAGUACUACAAUUAUGGAAAUAACAGCACAGCAGAAAUCACUACAACAGAAACUCGAUAACAUGCGAAAAACGGUAAAUAAACAAGUGGAGAGGAUGGAGAAUUACAUUAUUUCCCAACGGAAGUUCCAAGACACAUUACAAACAUUGACAAUCUGGAUAGAUAAUAUUGAGGAGGUAAUCGAUAAAGAUGAUCCUAAUACGUCAAUCAAGGAGAAAUAUAUACAGGACAGAAUGGCAGAAUUGAAGUCUGUAAUUGUCAAGUUUAUAAAUAACAACAGCCAGCUGGACUCGCUCAAUGAAAUGGGAUACAAACAAUCUUUGGAAACCAGUGAUGCCCAGAAACUAACCAAUUUGAACCGUAAGUGGAAUACCCUGUCCAAUCAGACGUCCGAGAGAUACCGCAAAUUGCAAGGCAUAUGGCUGCAACAUCAGAGCUUUGCCCAGAAAUGUGACGCGUGGAUGAUAUUCGUCGCUCAGAUUGAAACCAACCUUUCUGUUAAUAUUGCUGGGAACUACAAACUUCUACUAGAGCAACAGCAACUAUUUGAGUUGUUUGAAUCAGACAUAUUCAAUCGGCAACAGAUCCUGUUCUCUGUCAUAAGUGAUGGUCAAAAGAUAUUGAAAGAAUUCGAGCUUGAUGACCAGGAAGAAUUCAAAAAUAAGUUAAUAUUACUGACUGAGCAAUGGCAGAGUGUUGUGAAGAGGGCCAGUCAACGUAAAGAGAUUAUCGACCAAGCCAUCGCAGACUGGCAAACAUACAGAAUGAUGUUGGAUGAGAUGAAUAGUUGGUUUGAUGGGAUGGAUGAAGAAAUAGCUGCAUGUGAAAUCACAUGCCCCACGUUACUGAAACUGGAACACAUGCUGGAACAGGCAGAAAAUACUCAACAAGAGGUUUCAAUUCAGGAAGGCAACUUCUUAUCACUAAACGAAAAUGGUAUACAACUAAUGCGCAUAUCAGACAGAGUAGCCAAUGAGGUUAUCAAAAUGGAGCUUACCGAUUCCCAGAAACGCUGGUAUAAUAUUACAGCUGCAUUAAAUAAACAAACACACAAACUAGAAGAACUUAUCGGACAGUGGAAUAGUGCUGAGCAACAUAUUGAAGACUUACAGGCAUGGUUAAUUGAUACGAAGGAGAUGUUGAAUGGUUCAUUACCUUGCCUAUAUGAAGAACUACAGCACGAGUUGCAAAAUUGCAAGCAACAGGAAUCUGCUUUUGUGACGUCGCAGGUCAAACUGAAAACACUAACAACCCUAGAACACGAACUUGUCGGAACUAUCAAUCCAGAGGAUUUAUCAAUACUCAGAGAAAAGAUAUCAUUGCUUGCUGAACAGUGGGACGAGAUACGACACCAGACGGUUAAUAGAAAACAGGUAAUCAUAGAUAAAAUCCAUGAAUGGUCACUGUUUGCAGAAAGAUACAAGGAGCUUUCUGAUUGGUUUAUCAAAACGGAAGUUAAGAUGUCUAAGAAUGGUGAAAACAACAUUGAAGGUCUGCUGUAUGAACUUCAACACGCAUACAGUGGAGAAUUGAAAACGGCAGCUGAUAAUAAAAAACAGUUGAUUGAAUUGGGAGAAAGAUUGAUUUCCGCAAGUAACGAACUCAAAGCCAGUGAGAUAGAAUAUAAACUCGCUCGGAUAAAUGAUAAAUGGAAACAUCUCAUGAACUUCAUAUCUUUUAGGACAAAGAAGCUACAGCAAACGCUGGUAGCUGUGCAACAACUUGAAAAUAACAUGAGUAACCUUUGCCAAUGGCUUUCCUAUAUUGAGAAGGAGCUCUCAACACCUCUAGUCUAUGAAACGUAUGAUGCUAGUGAGAUACGACUGAAACUGCAAACGCAACAGACGUUGCAGAAGGACAUUGAAAGUCAUAGCAUAGGUGUUGCAUCAGUGUUAGACUUUUGUGAAGAACUUCUAAACGACUGUGGUGCUUGUCCCACAAAAAGUGAAUGUGAAGCAAUCCAAAAAUCAACUAGAAACCUGGAUUACAGGUGGCGACACAUAAAUACGUUAUCAAUGAAAAGAAGGAUGAGUAUUGAAGAGACUUGUAGGCAUUGGCAGACAAUUUUUGACGAUCAUACAAAAUUUGAAGAUUGGUUGGUAUCCGCAGAGAGAGUGGCCUACAUACCCAACUCUUCAACUGCGUCAUUUGUGGAUAUGAAAAAAGAUCUUAAACAAUUUGAAUUAUUCCAAACUGACGUACAUGAAAAUCUUACCCAGCUAGAGAUAAUAAACAAGCAAUACCGAAGACUUGCCAGGGAAGGCAGGAUAGAUAGCGGUGACAAAUUGAAGUCCAUGGUGCAUGAUGUAAAUAAUAGAUGGGAUAACUUAUCAAGACGAUGUACAAGUGUUAUUAAGAGACUUAAGUUGAUGCUGCACCAAAGGGACGAGUUUGAAACUGCAAGGGAAAGUUUAUUGGUUUGGUUGAUGGAACUUGGUCUCAGGCUGACUGACCUGGAGCAUCUCUCAGAGUCUGAUACGAAGGUCAAGGUUCAACAAAUAAAGGCCUUUCAAAAUGAAAUGGAUUCAAACAAAACCAGGCAAGAAACUGUAAAUAUGUUGGCCCAUGCACUGAUGCAAAAGUGUCAGUCAACUGAUGCAGAAUUUAUACAGAAAGAACUUGAUGAACUCAACAAGUAUUAUAAUGAAGUAUACGGCAGAAGUGACAGUCUGAAAUCUUCAUUGAAUUAUCCAUCUAGAAAAAGUAGUCCGGGCAUAUAUGGCAAAUCAAGUAGUCCCACGAGAUCAAGCAGAUCAAGUAUUAGUCAAAAUCACAGGACAGCUUCCGGAAAAAGAACCCCCUCCGCGUAUGACAGUGCCAAAGUUGCUUCAUCAUUAAGAGAAAUUUCAGAAAGUUACACUCCCAUCAGUAGUAGAUCUUUUGACUGGGAUACAGCAAAUCUAACAUCUUACCAAGAAAUGCCUUCGAUAGCACAAUACAGGGAUUAUGUUUCGCCUUCUGGUGACAUCUUGAGAAUUUUACAAGAGUGUGAAGGCAAAAUUGAACAGAUGGAGGUUGCUCUGGAAAGAAGAAUGCCAGCUGGUUGCGAUGUCGAGUAUGAAAAAAGUGAAUAUGAGUCACUGAUGUCAGACACCGUGGCUUGUGUUUCCAUCAUCAAAGGUCUUGCUAACAGAUUAUUGGAUGAUCCAACAUUAACUGAUCAAAUAACAACUAUCAUCAACAGAUGGGAAGUUGUGCAGUCUGAUGUGGUAGACAAGCAUCGUAGAAUGCAAAAAACACAUCAAGAAUGGCAAAGAUUCAGAAGUGACAUAAACAAUAUAUGCAGCUGGCUAGAUAAAGCAGAGAAUAUACUCAGUUCGCAAAUUGGGUCUAGUGGUGAUAUUUAUUACUUAGAUUCUACUAUCCGUCAACAACGGGAUUUCUUAGCAGAAUUAGAAGCGAGAAAAGCUAUAGUGAUGUCUAUAAACUUGUGCAGUAAGAAGUUCACCUCACUCGAGUCCAUACGUGGUCCUGAAAUGAAAAAGAGAGUCCGGGCGAUGAAUGACCGAUGGGAGAUCGUGUGUUCACUGGCAUAUGAUUGGCAGAAGCAGUUACAGCGUCGAUUGAUUCGAUGUGAUGAGUUUCAUACAACUACGAGCGACCUAAUUGGCUGGCUGCAGCAAAUGGAAAAUCACAUGGAUGACAUGGAACCAUUGGAACUACUUAUUGACCAAUACAUGCUGAUUGAGUGUUACCGAAAAUACUUGAGGUUCCGCCAGGAGCUCGAUGACUUCAAGCCUUGUGUGAUUUCUUUAAAGGAGACAGCCGAUCAACUGCUGAUCCAUGCAGGCACUAGAGAGUGGGCAAUGGAAAAUGAUAAACUCAGCAUCAUUGUCAACAAAGUCGAUACAUUAUUCAAGAGAUGUCUAAAUAAUUUAGAAUUUCUUAGCAAUGCUAUAGAUAUCGGUGAAUAUUCAGAUACGUUGUAUGAGGGUGAUAUUGGUGGUGUUAUUGGGAAGCCAAUGAAGAAAUUUGACGACAUACCCAGAUAUUAUUCAAAUAUGUCUACAUCAACAAGGUUUGGAUAG